UUCCGCCCUGGCUGCAGCGUGUGUGUGUGUGUAUAUAUGUGUGUCAGACUCCGGGCUCGGGUUGCAGUGCAGACGGUAGCUGCUUGGGGAAAUGGCGCGGUGUGCGAUGCCGCUGGCCGCCGGACUGCUCCUCGCAGUGUUGAGUCUGUGCCAGGCGGAGUUCGCUGCUCCGACACUGAACAUCAGCCUGGAUGACGAUCCAGAGAUUCGCUGGAAAUCUCUGCUCACUAUCUUUGACGUAGACUUCCUGAAAAAAGCCGGAGCAGAGGUCAUUGACUCCACAGUUCCAAAAUGGGUGCACCAUGCAUUGGCCCCCGUGGUGAAAGCCUUGGACAAGUACAUCCCUCAACCUUAUGCCGGGGAGAUCCGUGGCAUGGCCUCAAACUUUGGAAGCAGCCUGUCAGAUGUCAUCGUUCUCAACUUUGCCUAUGAAAUAUCUGCAUUUUGCACCAGCAUCGUAGCUCAAGACACAAAUGGGACUGUGUACCAUGGCAGGAAUCUUGAUUAUCCACAUUCUAUUCUGAGGAAUCUGACGAUCAACGUAGUUUUCCUCAAGGAUGGAGAGGUAAAGUACCGUGGAACCUCCUUUGCUGGCUAUGUUGGACUGUGGACGGGACAGAGUCCUAACAAGUUUACUGUCUCUGGAGACCAACGAGGUAGCCACCGCUGGUGGAACUGGUGGAAGAAUGUUGUGUCUGCCUUGCUCCUGCGGAGGUCCCCGGUCAGCUGGCUGGUGAGGGAGACACUGGAGGAAGCAGAGGACUUUCAGGACGCAGUCAUACGUCUCUCUAAAAUCCCCAUCAUCACUGGGGUGUAUUACAUUGUGGGUGGCGUGCGAGCUGGGGAAGGGGUCGUCAUCACCAGAGACCGAACGGGACCUGCUGACAUCUGGCCUCUGGAUCCCUUGAAUGGGAGAUGGUACAGAGUGGAGACUAACUUUGACCACUGGCUUCCUCCUCCAACCAGGGAUCAUCGAAGAGAAAUAGCCAACAAAGCACUGAAUGCUACUGGCGAGGAUCACAUCAACAUGGAUACUCUUUAUCAGGUUCUGUCACUGUUUCCAGUAUGUAAUGGAAUCACUGUUUACACGACAACAAUGAGUGCAGCCAGCCCACAGAAGUACAGCUCCCGUAUCAGGCCACAGGGCUGUCACUGGAGUAACUGAGCUGACUGCAGUCUACAACACUGGUUGUUUUCUUCAUUGUCCAUGUGUAACUGGACUGCACAACACUGUUUUAUGCAGCUUUGCCACCAGAGUUGAAUGGACCGCGUGCAUCAUAGUGCUUUUCUGCACUGAUUAAAAUCAAUUUGUAAUUCUUUUUAUAUGCCGAUCUUAAUAUUAUGUGGGUGAGAUGAGGACCAUGUCAGGAGUAUAAAACUUAUGUAUGGUAUGGAAUUUUAAAAUGUUAUGGAAUUGAUGAGUGCCUUCAGAUCUGUAUAUCUAAUGUAUGUAAUGUGUCUAACACUGAAACACUGCAAAUACAAGCUAGAAAUGAAUAAAAAC